AUAUGAUACAAGAAUUACUACAAGACAAAAUUGAAAAAGAAGAAAUGCUACAAGUAGAACCUAUAGAAGAAGUUAUUAUAACACAAGAAAAGGCUGCUAAAAAACAAAAAGUUAAUAUGUCAUUAAAUGUUGAAGCAUCACCUGAUUUGUCACAUCUGUUUUUGGCUGCUAAUAUUAUAAAACAAUUACAAUUAUUACAAUCAUCACAAUCACUUUCUGCA